GCCUUGCAGGAGUAUUGGGUCCUCGACCACUCAGAAUACUAGGGGAUGGGGUGAAAACGUGGUGAUACGAGAAGAAAGAAGAUUUGAGUUUGAUUCCCUCUUAGCAAUACGGUAGUAAUUUUUGUGGCGUCGUCUCAAAAGAUAUAGCGGCAGAAGACUAUUACCGCUGUGACAGUGCUUCUAGCAAAAGAGCUAAUAAAAAGGAUCCACUCAGGUAUUAAUCUUGUGCACUUCCAUUAGUAUGAAUCAGUGGAGAAAAAUUCAUAUAACUCCAUAAGAAGUUUGUAUCAGAUUGCGGUUUUCACUCUAUCUCCAUAUAGAUUGACUGAGCGAGAAGAAGAUAUAUGGCGGAAACAGAUUUAAGUGAAGUUGUAAUUGGUGAUGAACCUCUUACUUCAUCCAAUUAUGAAAAUUGGAAAGUGUAUAUGCAGAACUACUUGUCAAAUCUAAAUAUAUGGGGUAUUGUCAAUGGAACUGAGUCUGAACCGGAUGAAGCUAAUGAAUACAAAACAUGGAUGACGAGAAAUGAAAUGGUUCUUAGUGCAAUAAAGACAUCAUGUGGACCGGAGAUGGUUACUCACCUUCAUGGUAUUGAUUCUGCUAAAGAGGCUUGGGAUCGAUUAGCGUCUAUUCAGUCCUCGGAAGCAAAUGUGGCCGGUAGUAUUGAAGAAACCGGUGUGGUACUGGAAAUACAACAUGAGGACGAUGAUGAUGCAGAACCAAAGACAAAAGUAUUUACUCGCUGGCAAUCACCAAAACGUAGUGUAUCUUCAAAUAGCAGUUUUGGAGAACAGAUGAGCCCCCUAGCCCUGUCUGACGAAGAUACAUCCGAUCCAGCAUCAGAAGAUUCAGAAGUAGGAGAAUCCUUCGCCGAAUCAGUCACCCGGUUUAGACCAGUAUACAAAGCUCUUGCUGAUGAUAAACCUGAUUAUAUUCGGUUUAGACCAUUAUACAAAGCUCUCGCAAAAGGUGACUGGAGAACUGCAAAAGAAAUUAUAGAGGACCAUCCAGAAGGGUUGAGUGCUAGAAUAACAUCCAGAGGAGAUACGGCUCUGCAUGCAGCUGUUGUGUCUGGUAAACUAAGUACGGUGAAGGCGCUUUUAAAAUUGCUGCCUCCUGAAGCAUUAGAAGCAAAGAACUCGUCAGGUGAUACUGCCAUUGCAUUGUCAGCAGCAGACGGAACCACAAAAAUCGCGAAACUCCUGGUUAAAAAGAAUAAAUGGGUGUUACGAAUUAAAAAUCAAUAUGGUUUUAUCCCACUUGUCAUGUCCAUACUUUACGAGAAAGAGGAUAUGUUCUAUUACAUAUAUUCGGUGACACCCAUGGAUGAGCUAGAUCCUGACAAAAGUAAAAAUGGAGCUAGUUUUCUUCUGGGUGCAAUUAACUCUGAAAUGUUUGAUGUUGCUUUGGAGGUGCUUGAAUUUUACCCGAAGUUAGCUAUUUGUAAAGAUAGGUUCGGAAUCCCUGCUAUUUAUCUAUUGGCUGUGAAGUCUUAUAUGUUCCCAAGUGGAAGCCGAUUUGGGUUUUGGCAGCGAUGCAUGUAUUCAUCAUGUGCUGCACUGGAUGAACGACAACGUACCCGAAAGUUUGGUACUGGAGAAUCAGUCAUUGCUCUCAAACGAUUAGGGUCCCUAAGGCUUAGUACUGCAAGUAGAUCUGGACGUUGGCCGCAAAACAUAUAUUCGUCAUGUUUAUGUGUAAUUCCAGGUGUAAAGGACCUUCUAGAGAAGAGGAGAAAACAUGUUCAGGUACUUGAACUACUAAAAGUUAUUUGCUCAGCUAUAGGCCACAUGACCGAUGAAGAACUCAAAAAUGGAAAAGUGUAUGACACAAUGCUUGCAGCAGCAACUAAUGGGAACAUUGAAGUUUUCAUGGAGCUUUUCGAUGCGAAUCCUUCUUUGCUAUAUACCAGCACAACUGUUAGCAGAAAAACCUUGUAUCACCAAGCUGUUAUGUCUCGGCAAGAAAAUAUAUUCAAUUUCAUAUCUUCAAUGGGGCAAAGAGACAUAAGAGCUACCCACAAGGAUAACUCUGACAACAACCUGUUACACUAUGCUGCAAUGUUGCCAUUGUCAUCUAUGUUGGAUAAAAUAUCUGGCGCAGCUCUCCAAAUGCAAAGAGAGAUACAAUGGUUUCAGGAGGUGGAAAAGAUUGUACAACCAAAAUACAAGGAAUCCCUAAACAAAGAUGGUAAAACACCUGCAGAAGUGUUUACGGAACAACAUAAAGCCUUGAAGAAAGAUGGAGAAGUAUGGAUGAAGGAAACAGCAAACGCAUGUAUGCUUGUUUCAGCUCUGAUUGCCACAGUAAUGUUUGCAGCGGCCUUUACAGUACCUGGUGGAAAUGAACAAAGUACAGGAACCCCUUUCUUCUUGAAAACACCAGCAUUCACUAUCUUUAUAGUAUCAGAUGCAAUUUCGCUCUUCGCGUCAUGUUCAUCCAUCUUGAUGUUUUUCUCUAUACUUACAGCACGCUACGCAGAACAAGAUUUCCUAAAAUCUUUACCCCAAAGGCUGGUAAUUGGUCUCGCUUCCCUCUUCAUAUCUAUAGCAGCCAUGAUGGCAGCUUUUGGUGCAACUCUUGUCAUUGUUCUUCGUAGCAGCAUAACUUGGGCUUUCAUUCCUGUGACUUUGCUAGCGAGUGUGCCUGUUGUUCUGUUUGGGCUUUUACUCUUUCCUUUAUUUUUGGACAUAGUCCGAUCUACUUAUGGUGCAGGUAUAUUUACUUGGCAGAAAGUGUAUUUGAAUAAUAAAGAAUAGACACUUAAAUAAUGUUAGUGUUGAAUAAGGGUAUAAAGACUUCUUUUUUUUUUUGUUUA